GUAUUAUCCUCUAUGUGAGGCUGAUAAGAAGCACCAGUUGUCGGGAUGUCAUCUCCCUGAGCUUUUCCAGCCAAACAUCAGACUCAGUGUGGAGCCAUGGCGAGAUUGUAGAAAAUGGGAGCCUGAAAAUUAGGUCAUCUCAGUACAAAAAAUCUCUCCAGAGCGUUCACAGGGGACACUGAGCUGCAGAAGUGCCACUAGAAGUUGCUUCAAGAACCAAAGAAGAUGGGUUCAGCUGUCAAGAGGUUCUGCAUGCAGUUCUGUUGCUGCUGCUGUGCUGAAGAUGAGGACGAUGAAGAGGAAAAGCAACCUCUUGUAACUCCAGACCCGCUGGAUUAUUUUACGCGUGAAGUCCAGAAGCGACGAGAUGAGGAGACCAACCUGUGGAGUGAACCCGGAGACCGCAGCCACUCAGAAAGAGAUGAUGACCGGACGCUUUACACCCUGCUUCAGGCCAGGAAUAUGACCCGCAUUGGAUCUACGGGCUAUCGUCGCCUGAGUGUGGACAUUGAAGCCAUGAGAGAUACACGCAGAGAAGUCAGAGACAAAUGGAAAACUGUCUUGGAAAACUUAGGUUUCAUGGCUGAGGCAGACUCACUGCUGACAGUAUCUGCUGGUGCCUCAGCUGACCGCAUGCGUAAUGCCCCGGCAGCACGCGCCAUGCUACACAAGUUGCACACCGAGACCUCCAUCUUCAGCAGCAAGGAACCGCCACCUGAACGAUAUCUGUUCAUCCUGGAUCGCCUCGUGUACCUCGACAUAGCUGAAGAUUUCUUGGCCAAGGCGAAACGGUUCUACCCUCCGACUGAUGACUCUGACGAGGAGAUGCCGGGCCUGGCCAUAAACCUGCCCCUGCUGCUGGCCAGGGUCGAGGCCAUGAAUGGGCGUGGCAAUGAUGACGAUGAAGAAGAGGAUGAGAGUGAAAAAGAUGAUUAAAAACUGAUCCAAUAAAAUCUGCUGGCUUGCAGUGAUGGCAGACAGAAGCCAGAGGGCAGUAGUCAUCAAUCUUGAAUGCCCUCAGGUGUCUGAAGCCUCAAAUUGAGCGUUUGCUGCUGCACGCUAAAUACUUUUUUCUCCCCAUUUCUGUUUUUCUCUCUUCCAAAUUAAGCGGGGAUUCUUACAGAUUUACAGUGAAAAGUUCAAUAUAAGUUUACUGUGAGAGUGUUUUUCUCCCUACCAAGGAGUCCAUUGUUCAUUUGCUGUGGACCUUCAGGGUAGCAAUGAUUUUUUCCAGCAGAACCCCUUUAUCUUUUGUCCUGUGAUUAUCAGCAAUUCCAGUCAAUCACAUGAUUCUGCAAACACUGAAUAAAUAGCCUAGUAAUCUAAUGUCACAAUUCAUUUUUUUUUUAUUAAUAUUGUUUAACAUUGAUUUCUUUUUAUCUGAUCAACACUUGUUUGAAGCAUGCAUUUGGAUUCAGAUUAAUUUGGAAAUAGAAACUGAAAGAAGUAGUCAGUACUGUAUGUCGAACUGGUUCUGUGUGUGAGUGAGAUUGCUUUGAUGGGAUGUAUGCGGGGGUGCUGUUUUCCUUCCAGCAAGCUAUGGAAAAUGUGAAAAAAAAAUCUAAGUAGAUGUGCAAGUCUGUGUGUUUGGUUAUAAUAAAAUAAAAGUCUCUGCCUAAAGCCUCUUGUUUGUGCA